UGUGGUACCGAGGUGCAGCUGCGGUAGUUUGAGCAGCGCUAGACGGUAAGAGGAGGACAGGAGAGGAAGACUGCGCCGGACAGGAGUCAGUGGACAACAUCAAUGGCCCCGGUGUCUAAGGAGUAAAGAAUGGGCUCCACCAUAUCGCGGCCAUGGCCAGAUCCACCAACAGAAGCGCCGAGGACGGGGGCUCACGGGUAACCGCCCCCACUGACCGCGGAGAGCCGCGGGACCUGGCCGAGCCCCGGGAACUGUCUCUGGAGGAGGUGCUGAAGUCCUACGAGCAGCCCAUUAACGAGGAGCAGGCAUGGGCGGUGUGCUACCAGUGCUGCAGCGGGUUGAGGGUGCCCCGCCCGCCCGACGGGAGACUCCGCCGGGUGAAGGACCCGUCCUCCAUCCUCCUGCAGAGGGACGGGACCGUGUCACUGCAGCGGGAGCCGCGACGCAACGAUGACACUGAUGGACCUCCUCCUCCACCUACUGCGGAGCGUCAGCUGGUCCAGUCGCUGGGCGUGGCUAUCUACCGAGCUCUGGACUGGGGGCUGGAUGACAGCGAGGAGCGGGAGCUAAGCCCCCAGCUGGAGCGCCUCAUCGAACGCAUGGCUGGGGGGGACCAGGGCGAAGAGGGCGUCUGCACCGUGGGGAAGUUCAGCACAGACGAAGGGUACAGUGGCCAGGAGGAGGAGGAGGAGGAGGAGGAAGAGCGGGAGGGGGCGAUGAGGCCAGUGUGCACGUUACGCCAGGUGGCGGCGCUGUGUGCGUCCCGGCUGGCUGACCCUAGCCUGGCUCCAGAACACUACCAGGCCGUCUGUAGGGCUCUGUUUGUAGAGACUCUGGAGCUGCAGACCUUCCUCAUCAAGAUCAGAGAUGCUAAGGAGAUGCUGAAGAAGAUCACCAAAGAGGAAACUGUGGAGGACAGGCCUACAGCUGAGCUGGACGCCCUGAAACACAGAGACUGGGCACGUCUGUGGGUGCAGCUGAUGAAGGAUCUCAGGCAGGGAGUGAAGCUGAAGAAGGUGCAGGAGCAGCCGUUCAACCUGCUGCCCACCGAGUUCAGCCUCACACCCUUUGAGAUGCUGAUGCAGGACAUACGGACUCGCAAGUUCCAGCUACGCAAAGUCAUGGUGGAUGGUGACAUUCCCACCACAGUAAAGAGGAAUGCCCAUGAAAUGAUACUGGAUUUCAUCAGAUCAAGACCUCCACUUAAACCGGUUUCAGAGCGCAGCCUCCCCCCUCCUCCCCCGCAGCAGCAGUCCCUCCAUGAAAAGGUCCUGGCUGAGAUCAAGCAGGAGAGGAAGCUCAGACCGGUGGUCCUGCCCAGCUCCAGACCAUUUGGCUCCCUGCCCUGCCUGGCUCAGACUUGUCCUUGCGACGUCAAAUCCACGUCAUGCAUCGACCUGUCCGUGUCGGAGCCCCGCCCCCCGUCCCGCCCCCGCAUCCUGCUCAAGGCUCCGACUCUGGCCGAGAUGGAGGAGAUGAACAUAUCUGAGGAGGAGGAGUCCCCAGACAGCAUGGAGCUGAGGAGGACGGAGAGCUCCCCCACCCCUCUGAAGAGGGACCGGUCCUUCUCGGAACAUGACCUGGCCUUGCUGCGUGCCGAGAUGCUCCCCUCGUUCUCCGAGUCGGCCCAGCUAGGCGGGGCGGUCAGGCUGAGGGGGGAGAGGCCCCGGUCCAGGACGCUGACCGGGGCCGGACCCCCUCUUUAUCACAGAGCCUCCUACCCGGUUCACGGCUGGGUGCCGCCCUCUCCGGCCCGCCUGUCUCUGAGUGCAGUCGACGAGACCACAGAGGGAUCAGAAACUCGGACUGGCUCCAGAGCUGGAGACGAGAAGCAGUGGAUGGAGGAGUUCAGCCACCCUGUGGAGAGUCUCGCCUUGACGGUGGAUGAGGUCAUCAACGUGCGCAGAGUGCUGGUGAAAGCAGAGAUGGAGAAGUUUCUUCAGAACAAAGAACUCUACAAUAACCUGAAGAGAGGCAAGGUUUGCUGCUGCUGCAGGGUGAAAUUCCCUCUCUUUUCAUGGCCGUCUACCUGCUUACUGUGUAAAAGAUCUGUCUGCAGCUCCUGCAGUGCAAAGAUGAAGAUCCCCUCCAAGAAGAUGGCCCACAUUCCUGUGUACACCGUCGGCUUCCACAGCACUCCAAAGAGCCAUGGACGCAAGAGCCAAGUCUAUAAGUCCCUGCGCAGCUUGUCCCGCCGCUCCGUAGAGGAAGAGUUCCCCCACCUGUACGCCCACGGCUGCACGCUGCGCGACAUCUGCGCCGAAUGCACCAAAUUCGUCGCCGACGUCAUUUCCUCCAGCCGCCGGAGUCUGGACAUCCUCAACAACACUCCCAAGAGGGAGGCCCAAGGUGCUGCUGCCGCCGCCCCCCUUCAGAGACCACAGCUGCAACGUCAAUCACACCUCGAGACCUACCCUCAGCCUCACCCUCAAUGUUACCCUCAGUGCCACCCUACACCUCACCCACUGUGUCACCCACAGCUGCCUCCCAAGUCCCAUCAUCAUCAACAGCAGGGUCUUUACGCGUCAUCGCCGUCCCCUUCGCCGCAUCUCCACCCCAAGACGCUCACCAACCUCAACCAAUGAAUAGAUGAAUUACUUUUUAAGCCUUUCUGCCCAAACACACACACACACACACACACACACUCCAUAAAGAGUUUUGCUCUUGCGCUACACUGUGUGCACACACAAAGUUGCACAAUCAAAGUUCCUUAAAUAUUGCCGGGUGGUGCAUUAAGUGCGUUAUUUAACAGUUAUGCUAUGAUACAUAAACCUGUUCUGGUGACUUAAUUUU